AUGGAGGCGCGAGGACCUCCGCGCGUCAAGAACAAGGCGGCCGCGCCCAUUCAAAUCAGCGCGGAGCAGCUGCUGCGCGAAGCAGUCGACCGCCAGGAUGAGAAACUCAAUGCGCCAACGCAGCGAUUUGCGGACCUGGAGGAGCUGCACGAGCACCAAGGUCGCAAGAGGAAGGAGUUCGAGGAUUACGUGCGUCGCAACAGGAUCAACAUGAACAAUUGGAUGCGCUAUGCUGCCUGGGAACUUGAGCAGAAGGAGUUCAGGCGUGCGCGAUCAAUUUUCGAGCGCGCGCUGGAUGUCGACAGCACGCCGGUGGCCCUCUGGUUGAGGUAUAUCGAAGCUGAGAUGAAGCACCGCAACAUCAACCACGCGCGAAACCUUCUCGACCGCGCCGUCACUAUCCUUCCCCGCGUAGACAAGCUCUGGUACAAGUACGUCUACAUGGAAGAGACCCUUGGCAACAUUGAUGGUGCUCGCUCCGUAUUUGAGCGCUGGGUACAAUGGGAGCCUGAGGAGUCUGCAUGGUCGUCCUACAUCAAGCUCGAGAAGAGGCACGGAGAAUUUGAAAGAGCAAGGGCUAUCUUCGAGCGCUUCACUGUCGUUCAUCCCGAACCAAAGAACUGGAUCAAAUGGGCCAAGUUUGAGGAAGAGAACGGCACCAGCGACUUAGUACGAGACGUGUACGGCACCGCUGUUGAGACACUUGGCGACGAAUUCAUGGAUGAGAAGCUGUUCAUGGCAUACGCCAAGUUCGAAGCAAGGCUGAAGGAGACAGAGCGAGCAAGAGCCAUUUACAAAUUUGCGCUGGACCGUAUGCCACGCUCGAAAUCGAUCAACCUUCACAAAGCCUUCACGACAUUCGAAAAGCAAUACGGCGAUCGAGACGGUAUCGAGGAUGUCGUGCUGUCAAAACGAAGGGUACACUACGAGGAACAGAUCAAGGAGAACCCAAAGAACUACGACGCAUGGAUCGAUUUCGCACGGUUGGAGGAGACGUCAGGGAAUACAGAUCGUGUACGAGAUAUCUACGAGCGUGCAAUUGCACAGAUCCCACCCACACAAGAGAAGCGCCAUUGGAGGAGGUACAUCUACCUGUGGUUGUUUUACGCCGUUCACGAAGAGUCCGUCACGAAAGACAUCACCCGUACACGGCAAAUAUACCAGGAGUGUAUACGGCUGAUACCUCACAAACGCUUCACCUUUGCCAAGCUUUGGCUGCAGUUCGCAUCUUUCGAGAUCCGCCAAUCCCAAUUAACAGCAGCGCGGAAACUUCUUGGCCAAGCAAUCGGCAUGUGUCCCAAAGACAAGCUCUUCAAAGGCUACAUUGAGCUCGAGAUGAAACUCUUCGAAUUCACUCGCUGCCGUCAACUCUACACAAAAUUCAUCGAGUUCAACGGUUCAAACACACAAACAUGGAUAAAGUUCGCCGAACUGGAGCGUGGCCUUGACGACUUGGACCGCGCUCGCGCGAUUUUUGAAUUAGCAGUAGACGAACCCCAACUCGAUAUGCCCGAGCUGCUGUGGAAAGCAUACAUUGACUUUGAAGAGGGUGAGGGCGAAUACGAACGCACAAGAGCUCUGUACGAGCGAUUACUUGAGAAGACAGACCAUGUCAAGGUCUGGACGUCAUGGGCACAGCUGGAAAUCGGCAUCCCUGACUCUGAAGCCGAGGACAACGACGACGAAGACAAGCCUGUCAGUGAGGCAGCUAAGGCUCGUGCGCGCGCCGUAUUUGAGCGUGCGCACAAGCGCAUGAAGGACAAAGACCUCAAGGAAGACAGGGUCGCGCUUCUCAAUGCCUGGAAGAGCUUUGAAACAAUUCAUGGCAGCCCAGAGGAUCAAGAGAACAUCGACAAACAGAUGCCGCGAAAGGUCAAGAAGAGGAGAAAGUUGGACGACGACAGUUUCGAGGAGUAUGUCGACUACAUCUUCCCCGCGGACGACGAGAGCGCUGCCAAGCUUGCGAAGCUCAUGGCCAACGCGCAGAGGUGGAAGGCGGCGAAGGCGGCAAGGGAGGCAGAAAACGGGGAGUAA